ACUCGCAGACUCGGCUCAACCAAAAACAAAAUCAGUUUCGAAGAGGUGUUAAUGCUGGACGGUAGUUAUAAUGGAUCGGGGCAAGAAUUUGCCGCCUAAAAACUCCAAGUCAAAACCCCUUGGAUUCUCUGGUGAUUUUAUUGCUCUUGGACCAAAGCAAAGUCGAGCAGAACCAGUUGAUGCAAAGAAAUCAGGAUCUUCUUCAGGUGGUCCAUCAAAACCCACUCCUGCUCCACUUCCUUCUUUGGGUCCUUCAGAUAAAAAGCGGGAAGCACCAAGCCAGCUGCCAGGUUCAUCUCAAAAUCCAGCUAAGAAAGCAAAGCCUGGGCUCCCAAAUACUGCAUCCUUUACUGCAUUGGGAAGACCUGCUUUGAAGGCUGCUGAUCCUCCCAGUCCAGGUUCGACUGGUAACAGACUAGAGCCAUGGGAAGAAGCUGCUAUAGAGAUUGAAGCAUCAGAGUUGUUGAAUGCUAUUGGAGAGGCUGAAAGUAAUGAUGAUGAAGAAAGAAUUGAAGCAAUCCUAUGUGGAUCAGUUAAGCAACUGAAAGCCUUUAGUCUGAGUCAACGGAAUAAAGUGGAACCCAUUCUUGCACUAGCCCUUGUCUACUUAGCUAAAUGGAGAUCGCAAUAUUUCAACACCGAAUUGAUUGUUGAAGCUUUAUUGGUAUUACUCAAACGAGACGUUACCGCCAGUAUUGGUCCUUUUAAAGGAAGGACAACUGCUUCUGCAGCUUCACUGGCUUGCAAUUUGUUGUUAGCCGGUCUAGAAGAUUCAACGGAAUGGCCAGAAUCUUUCUUGAAAGUUUUUGUCGAAGAUUCCGUUGGAGAACGAGUUUGGGUAGAUCGCGAAGAAUGUCAAGGGUUUGUCGAGAAUAUCCUAACGGCAUUCAACACCAAAGUCCCUUCAAGGAACAUCCUUCAACAAGAAAGUGCUACUGGCACUGGACUUGGAUCUUCUGGUGCUGCUAGUUCUCCUAGUAUAACUUCUCUUGGCACCACUGGUCUUGAAGAUGAUGCCAGCGUGGAUUCAGAUAACAGUCAGGGUGGGCUGCUUCGAGGUUCAACUCAUCUCGAUCAGCAACAGGUUCGAGUUAUUCCUCGAUUUCAACAUCUCAAAGACAUGGCAGAAGCACUUGUCAUGGAAAUAGUAAAUCAACAUUUAAGCAGACGGCAGCAACCGGCAUCUGACCUCACUACAAGGAACUUCUUAAAGUUUUUGACAUCAACAGCUGGUUUGCCCGCUGUAAGAACUCAAGCUGCCCAGCGAUUGGAAAUGUGGCUUUCCAAUCAAAAACUUGUGAGACCAGCCACCGACCUCCUCCUCUCGAUCUGCGUCAAUUGCAGUACCGAAGCUCCUACAGACACAGAUGUUCUAAAUGCUCUUCUACGUUUGAGAUUAAAGAGUAAACCGCUGCUCCAGACAUAUCUAACUUGUUUUAAAGAAUUGGUCGAGCAGCAGGUGGACCAGCUUCCACUCAUUGUGCGGUUGUUAAUAUUCAAUGAGCUCUCCCCUUCUCGAGGACCGAAUAACAUGGCAGUACUGGCUGUUUUGGUCCAACCGUGGCCUGAUCGUGCUGCCACAAUUUUAGCGGACGUUUUUAUGGAACUUCUACUCAAUCGUGACGAUUACCUUCGGGCACUCAGAGCACUAUUACGUGAAGUGGUUCGCGCUCUCCGCCACGACUUACCUUUACCGACAUUUUGUGCAGCUCUUUUACACGGUUGUAUGCAAGAGAGACGCAAAGUUGCAAUCAGAGAAUUCGAAUUCAAGGAUCGGCUUUUGAAUUCAUUGGCAGACUUGACGACUUUAUGCAUUUUCCUUGCCAUAAGUCCAGGUGUGCGUGAAUCAGCAUCUUUGGUCGCCCGUGGAGAUUUGAGAGAGAUGGAACUUUUCCGACAGUUUCACGUCCAAGCAUCGGCCGUCCAAAGAGAAUCGAUCAGCUGGUUAAGAACGUCCAUCCCGUCCGUGUUUGAGCCCAAUCGGGUCGAUUAUAUGCACUGUCUCCGUAAAGUUUUGUUUAUGGAAAGUGGAGAGCAUUAUUACAAUAAAGACGGUUGGCCACUCGAGUCGGAUCGACCCAUUAUGAUAAGAUUGGCUUCUGAAAUUCCCGUUAUGGAGGAUUCAUUGAUCCAAAUCCUGCUCAUUGGUUUGUCAAAAGAUCAUCCAAUUACGGCUCCUGACGCAUUAGAUCUGGCUGAUCAAUUAUUAAGACGAUGUGCAGCAGUUCAUAAUCUAGGAUUCCUUAUGCUAGAGGCUGAUAACCAAGAAAUUUUUGACAUGGUUUUCCGCCUCACAGCUUAUCAUUAUCCUGAAAAUAUCGUCUUGCCACAAGGAUAUACUCCUCCAAAUCUGGCAAUUAGCACACUUUACUGGAAGGCUUGGUUGAUGCUAUUGAUGCUGAUUGCUCAUAAUCCUGGCAGUCUUGGGUCUGAAGCAUGGAAUUCAUUCCCUACACUACGAGCAUUGAUGGAGAUGUGUAUCACAAAUGAUUUCGCUACUUCUUCUGGUACCACAGACCAGACAGAGUUGCAGGUGGCUGCAAUUGAAAAGCAAACCAUCUUGGAAUUCGAAACACAUCUAGCAGCCGCCUCUACAAAAACUGUUAUUACCGAGAACAAUUCUUUGCUGCUUAGUCAAUUGACAUCGCUUGAUCCACGAGGAUCUACUCGACGACCUCCUCCAGCUGUUAUUGAGCAGCUUCGAACUUUGAACGCAACACUUCGACUGGGUCACCUACUUUGUCGAAGUCGCCAACCGGACUUUUUAUUGGAAAUUCUGCAUAGGCAAGGAGCUGCGCAAUCGAAGCCAUGGUUGGCUGAUUUGGUCGAGUCCAAUGAAGGUGCUUGGAACGUUCUGCCUGUUCAAUGUCUUUGUGAGUUUUUGCUGCACGAAGCAGCUGAUGAUCUGCCUGUUAAUGAUCUAAUGGACGAUAGUAAGCAACAGCUCGGCAAACGCAAGGAACGUCGUCACAAACACCAACAGUUGGUCCAGCAUCUAAGACUUUUGUUGACUGAUCCCAAUCAACUACCCGAAGCAUGCCGUGAAGUCCUAGACUAUUUGAUGAGACGAUUGAGUGCUCAGAAAGCUCUCGCCCGUCACCAAGCCCUCACGGCAUUGAGUGUGGUCUUGGCAGUAAAAGACGAUGAUAUUACCAUGAGUGAUGGUGCAUGCUCCGAAGGAACAGGAGACGAUUCCCAGUUCUCUUGGCUUGUUCAUCAGUUACCUACCAUCCCACAUUUCGAAGCCGUACGCCCUGCCGUGAUUGCCGCUCUACGGGCCGCCUUUCUAAUUGAAACGCAACCACAAGCCGUAGCGGCGUACUUGAAGUUCUUAUCCACCUGCGCUUUGGAAGAGCCAAUUCAAGACCAAGCUGAUCUUAGCUUGGAUCUUGCCCAGGUAAUUGUAGAGCGUAGCAGUUUAAUUGCUGCUCUCUUACCUUCACCAUCAAACAAAACGCUGCAAGCAGCAAAAACGCUGGAAUGUUUCUUGCAACUCUUUUGGCAUUACCUUCUCAAAGCACGAGAGCCAAACAAAGGAUCCUACACUUGGUCGGAGAAUCAAGACCAAGUUUUGAUACAGUGGCAAUCUGGCGAAGCCGCUUCCCUUCACAUUAUGGUUGUUCACGCCAUAGUGAGUCUGCUGACUUACGGAGCCCCUCAGCUUGAGCAGCAGUCAACCUGUUUCGGUCGACUACUAGAAAUUUGGUUUCCUGCCAGCGGUGUACAACCCCAGGCCUAUUUAGUCGAGACGACAGAGGAAGCCCAUCUUUAUCCUGACUGGAUCAAACUUCGCAUGAUUCGAAGCUCUGUUGAUCCUAUAGUCGAUACUGCCUUAAAGGAUUUGGAGCCGGCUCAGAUGAUCCUCUUUAUUCAAUCCUUCGGCUUUCCUGUAUUGUCUAUGUCUAAGCUUCUGCAAACUCUGGAUCGAAUGGUGCAAGAGAAUCCUUUUGCCUUCGUCGAGGUUGACAUAGACAAAGUUUACAUACAGCAGUUGCUCCAGAUUCAAUGGGCGAGAGGAGCUCGAGGUGGAUUGCUUUUUGCCGAUAUCAUGCAGUUGGUAGAUACCGAAAUUCGUUCGACCGCCGACAGCAAGGCGUUUAAUCUGACCCUGCGUCCUCACCUGGACAUUUCAUCUCAUCCUUCUAAGAUCAGUUCAGCAUCCACUCCCUCGAUUGUAACUGUCGAUCAUGCCUCUGCAGUCCUGCGGCAACUUUUUGACAUAAAAACUGUCAUUCGGAUCAGUCAGCUGGAGAAGAACAAGGCCUACCGGAAUUUGAGCAAUGCUUUGACUCGAGAAAUUCGUGCCAACACUCAGCCGUCCACUGAAGCUUGUGCCAUUGCUUUUGAUAAUCUCUUGGCGUCUGCCAGUGUGUCAAGGAAUGAGUUUGAACUUUUGCUGGCGGCUUUAGAGCGCCAACCUGCAUUCUCGUGUGGUUUGCUCCGACUUUUGACGUCAGCAGCAUCUUCACCAGCGGAUUCUCUUGGUACUGGAAAUAUUGUGGUGAUUGUGAUGAACAUUUGUCAGAAGAUAGCUCCGGUCACUCCUGAUGGACAUAGUUCACUGAAAAGUAUCGCUCUUCAAUUUGUCAAGUCCCGCGGACUCUUGAGAUCUGAAUCAACCCCGGCCGAUAUCAACACAUUGAACUUGUCCUCCAAGCGGUUGGAGCGUCACUUGCAGCAACUGGCCGCUCGUGCACUGGAAACAAACGAUACUCGUUCACUUGUAAAAAGUAUUGUGAGCAGUUUGAGCCAAAGUGGGUUUAAGGCGAGCUUCGUUGGCCUUUUGGUCGACUGGAUGGAGUUGCUGGAUCCCGAAAUUAUUACAGCCCAGCCUGAUUUAGAGAUGCGGUUGUUGUUUGGUAAAACGCCUAACCCACCAUCUUGUCGUCCGUAUGCCCUCGCAAUGUUGGUUCAUCAAGCCAGUUGGGCUACGCUGCGCAAAUGUAUUCAGAAACUACUGGGCGCUCGCGAUAUCGACGCUUUUGAGGCUAAGGUCGUUCUGGACUUUCUAUCUGCUUUGAUCAAAGUUCCCAAGCUCUGGCAGGGUAGAGACAAGCACGUUCCAAAGCAUCAGCAGCCGGAAGAGCUGCUUAACCUAAAUCAUCAGCAGUUGUUUCGACUGGCCGAAUAUAUUAUGAGCGAGUUUGUACAUCAGACUCAGGAAAAGGAUCGCGCACUACACAUCCUUCAAGAGCGGAGUCAAUUGCUACUCUCAUGUUGUGGAGGUUCCACCAAAAUGGAAGUGUUAUUGGCUCGAGAUGUGGCAGACCUUGCGGGCAGUGCGGUAAAGAGCGAGAGACAGAAAGCAGCCCAACAAUUACUUCUACGACUUUACGUUCGAGCUCCACAUGUCAUAACGAGACUCCCCAAGACGUCGUUUGCCCAGUUUGACGACAGCAAAACCCUACUGACGGCCGUGCCUUGCUCCAUCGAUUCAAUGGCCCUGACGCUUAUUUCUUCCCUUACGUCUCCUCAGCCGGGCAAAGAAGGCGCCAGAAAAAUGGCAGACUACGAGACUGCCCUCCGCAAAAUGGCUGCCACUCAUCCACUUCUGCUUUUAAGGCAAUUUGCUUGCCUCGCUGCCGCCCUUCGAGGACGCUCUCACCUGGACGUGUUUGUCUUGCGUUCACGCAACUAUAUGAAUGUUUUCUCCUCUAUUCUUGGAAUCGCCCAACAACUCAGCGCCAACCUUUUUACCCCUGAUCAUCGCGAGGCCCUCGAGGACAUGCUCAAAUCAUUUUGGUGUCUUUUUGGCAACCAGCGAACGGUGAAAGAAUCAAUCGGUCCACUACUUCAGAAAUUCCUGCAGUUUUUAUUGGAUUUUGUGGCGACAGCUCCGUUCGCCGCGUCACACUGUCUCCAACAGCAUGUGCCUUUAUUGCACGAUCUCCAGGUGACCCAUCCAGAGAUGACGGCUAUAAAGGACCUCUUGUCGGCGCUAUCGCGACCCCGACCCACUGAUAACGAGGAGGACCGCCAGCCCUCAACGGUCCCAACCCGCUCCAGCAUCCGAAUAGGUCCUAUUCUGGCAAGAUUGCGCCAAUCUGAUAAUUACGAAGAAGUGGUGACGGUUCUCCAAGACUUGGAAAACGUUUGCGGUCGAGUUGUUUGCGCUCCGUUGGAAGGGGCCAUUGCCGAUCUUCGCCCUCUCAUGUCGUCAUCUAACCAAACGGUCCGCAACAUGACGUACAUGCUCAUCCUGCGCUACCUAAAGGACAAUCCUUAUGCAUCCGCUGAUCUACUGCCGGAUUAUUUGGACUGCCUGGAUAAUCGGAAUGCUGCCGUCGUAACAACAGCUCUGGAAAGAUUGCCAGAUUUCCUCCUCCUAUGCCAAGAAAAUGGCGAUGUUUUACUCCAGAAAACGUUCAACUUGGCGGUCGAGAGCGGAUACAAUACAUUGACCAAUCUAAGCGAGGCCGUUAUGCUCCUGCAACAUCAGAUGGGCACGUGAGAUUUCAGUGAACGCGACUUGGGUUUGUUUUCCUCGUAGAUUUGUUCCCCUUUUCAUAAUUCUUUUGAUUUCACAGAAUUUCGACGACAUGUGUGGUCGAAAAUUAACAAAAUAAAAUAAAAAGAAAUGUCAACGUC